AUGGCCUUGGCACCUCCUGGUGAUGGUCCGCGAGCUUCACGACCGAGCCACAUCGAUGAGACGAUCCCGACCCGAGAUAGCAGCGUAACACGUGUCGGACGGAGCUUUGAUGGCGAGAAACAGCAGCAGCCUCUCGGAGAAAAGUCCGAGGAUGGCCCGACCGGGGGCUUCUUCGAGGGCGGCCCGGGCCGAGACGAGGAAGCCGAAGGCACUCGCAGCCGUAAGGAUCUGGCGAGGGCGAUGAGCAGUACGCAGCCCGAGUACACCCCGGAUGGAAAGCGCAUCAUUACCGAGGAUGAGUGCUAUCACCUACUGGGCUACUCAUGGCCGGCUUGGAAAAAGUGGAUGCUUCUGUCUUCCAUCUUCGCCGUCCAAGUAUCGAUGAACUUCAACACCAGUGUCUUCCCCAGCGCUGUCACCCCUAUCAGCGAGGCUUUUCACGUCAGUGAGCAGGCUGCACGUACUGCGCAGUGCGCAUUUCUCGUUCUCUACGCUUUUGGGUGUGAAUUAUGGGCUCCUUGGAGUGAAGAGUUUGGACGGUGGAAGAUCUUGCAAUGCUCUUUGUUCCUCGUCAACAUGUGGCAAAUUCUUGCUGCAUUGGCGCCCAAUUUUGGCAGUAUCGUCGUCGCUCGAGCGCUGGGCGGUCUCAGCUCAGCGGGUGGUAGUGUCACCCUGGGCAUGGUAGCCGACCUUUAUCAGCCUGAAGAACAGCAGUGGGCCGUUCUGUUCGUCGUCCUGUCUUCCGUCUUCGGAACGUCAGUCGGCCCCGUUGUCGGAGGCCCUAUUCAGAAAUUCCUUCCGUGGUACUGGAACUUUUGGAUCCAAAUGAUCUUUGGCGUUGUCGUCCAAGCUGUUCACAUCUUCAUGCCCGAGAGCCGCUCCACCAUCAUCAUGGAUAAGGAAGCAAAGCGCAGACGCAAAUCCGGAGAAGACACCAACAUUUACGGACCCAACGAGGUCAAGACGCCUCGACUUUCGUUGCAUGAAUUUGCCAUCACCUGGAUACGCCCCUUUGAAAUGUUCCUCAGGGAACCCAUCGUUCUCUCAUGCUCUCUUCUUUCGGGAUUCUCCGAUGCCUUGAUCUUCACCUUCCAAGAGGGCUUCACUCCGGUGUUCAAUAAGUGGGGUUUUGGAACUCUGCAAAAAGCCUGGGCUUUCAUCCCCAUCAACAUUGGCUAUAUCCUAGCAUACAUCUCUUAUGUGCCCUGGAUCAUUCGAGACCAUCGCAUCAUCAAGGCGAAGGGUCCCGACGCCCUGGCUCCUGAGCGUCGCUUAAAGUGGUUGCUGUAUCUUGCUCCCCUCGAAACCAUUGGCCUCUUUGGCUUCGCUUGA